AUGACGACAAUGACAGAACCGCCUUCAGCAAGAGAAAUCAUCGAGCUGGUUGAUGCAAUCUGGGGUUCUUUUGACUCGAGUGUUGCGUUGCGCGACCAACGACUGAGGACUUUGAUCGGUGACCGCUGGGCCAAGGUUCCGCUCACGCGGACCAAAGGCUACUUCAGCGUCAUAGCUGAUGAGACCUCAUCGACAACACGACUGAACAGCAGGCCAAUAUCACUCAAGGUCAUAGCGAAACUUGUCAAAAUCCUUAAAUCGAAUCCGCAGUUGCUGCGGAAGGAUCUUGAAUGCAAUGAAGACGUUCGCGGGGUUCUAGAGGACGCUCUGCUCGACCGAGCCAUGACUAUUAUGCUGAUGACGGAAUCAUCAUUUUCCGGGACAUCUCACCAAGCCAUCUUCCACCCACGCUGGAAAAAAAAGAACAAGACGCUCCAUGUUUUUGGGUACCCUGGAUUCCUGCAAACAACUUUGGAUGCGAUGCCAUCGGGGCAUGCAGACGACAGUGUUGCGUCAGCACUUCGAAGACUCUUGCAAGAGACAAUGUGGACUUAUGAUUUCCUUUUUCCCAUCGGUGAUCAGCAAGCCCAAAUGUGGCUGUCGAAACAAGUUCGGAGCCAUAGUCUAGACACCAUGCUGUCUCGAAGGAUGGCCAAUCCCCGUAUACACGAGUCCCCGUGUGAUAUUGGUGCUCCCCGAGACGUGAGCGGUCUUUGCAGCAAAUAUCCCUACUGGGGACAACGUCUCUACGAUCUCUGGAGAGAAGCCAAUGACCCGAGUCCAGUCGAGUCGAGGCUAGAGGAAUUUGCUAGUCUAUUUUACGAUUGGGCUCGCGCUAACCCUUUCACGUCGUGGCUGAUCAAAGUCAUUACCAGUUUCAUAUCGACUCUAGGUGGCGCGCUUGGGGCGCUGUUCGGGCUUCUACAAUGCCUCUGUGCAAAACUGAAGUUGGGCUCUCCCGCACUCAACCCCCUGCCGGGUGCAGGGCAAACACUAUCCAUGGUAGUGAUGGCUCACACCGGCGACCAGUGGACAUUCGUGCUCGCCGUCACCGCCAUUUUCCUCAGCGUCGUUGUCAUCCUGCAGAUUCUUUCUUCCUAUGGCAAAGCCUCCAUCGCGGCACCAGCCGAGAUUCUCACCUUUAUCGAUGCUGUCGACUCAUCUGUCGAGGAGAAUGAAAGCUACGAUCGAUAUGUAUCACGUGUGCAGCGUCUCGAUGAUAAGCUCCGUCUGGGCCGACUACUCCGAGAAAUCCAGAGGGGAGGUGAUGAUUUGAGAGAGGAACUCAACUGCCUCUUGAUGAGCGAAAGUGGAGAUCUCGCAAGCGACGUUUACAACGAUCUCCGGGAUCUACGGCUCAGAGCCACUGCACGUCUACUCUGGGCCUCGAAGCGCAAAGGUCUCGAGGACAAAGUGCGCAGAUUGGAUAUGCUUCGAAUGCGCUUCCUUGUGGCCUACAUGGGCCUCGUCUCCGCUGGCCGUGUCAAGAAGUCAUCGAUGAAAGACUCUGAGAAGACCGUUGCGUUCCCAAACGAAAUCUCCGCCCGGCCCCCUCCGCCACCACCACCCCUACCUCCGCUGUCACUGGGCAUGGGUGUCAAGAAAAAGUCAAGCCGGCGUCGACUUAGCCGCGCAGCGGCCCUGGGUCGCGGCGAAACCAUCGAAAGAACUCGGAAACAGGACUGGGCAGGGGUCAUCCGCGAGCUACAACUAUCACCGCUGCUUCAGAAGCGCCAUGCCAACAUCGGCAAGGCCAAGUCACCCAUCAAGUCACAUUUCUCGGUGACAGAAACGCUCUUGCCUCCCGAGUCAACAAAUGCUGACCGUUGA